AUGGCGAGCGUUCAGCAAGGCGAGAAGCAGCUCUUUGAGAAGUUCUGGCGAGGAACCUUUAAAGCUGUGGCCACUCCGCGUCCCGAGAGCAUCAUUGUCGCCAGUAUCACGGCCCGCAAGCCCCUGCCAAGGACAGAACCCCAGAGCAGCCCCAUGGUGCCGGCUCAGGAUGGACCCUCAGACAAGCUAAGUCAGCAUCUGGCCACUGAGGCCUUGGGCACCAACAGCUGGGAGAGAGACAAGGCCUGCCGGGAGCUCAGCCCCGCCAGAGCACGCAGUGCCUCCCGAGACAAAGACUUGACGCCACCGCCUUCCUCCAGGGGAAAGAAGAAGAAGAAGAAAUCCACCAGGAAGAAGAGAAGGAGGUCCCCGUCAUACAGCCUGUCGCCCGUGAAGAAAAAGAAGAAGAAAAGUUCCAAGAAACAUAAGCGACACAGGUCAUUCUCCAAGAGGAGAAGGCACAGCUCCUCUAGCCCAAAAAGCAAAAGAAGGGAAGAGAAGAGGCACAAAAAACAAUCUCGAAGCCGGCCCCGAAAGUCUCACCGCCACCGCCACCACCGCUGCCCCUCGCGGUCCCAGAGCUCAGCGUCCCGUUCCUCCAGCUGUGACAGCAGGCACCGUGGCCGGUCCCCUGAGGAAGGGCGGAAGUCCCGCCGAAGACACUCCCGCCGCUGCUCCAAGACCCUCUGCAAGGCCAGCCCCGAGGCCCGGUCCAGCCACCCGCCCAGCCAGCCCCUCCAGACGCUCUGCCUCCUGUCGGCCAGGGGUGUAAUCACAGGGUCGGGGUCUGCAGGGGACCUCUUUACCAAAACAGCCAGCCCGCUCACCACCUCCCGAGGACGCUCCCAGGAGUAUGACUCAGGCAAUGACACCUCCUCGCCGCCCUCCAUGCAAAUCGGCUCAGCCAGGUCUCGGGGUCAGGAGAAGGGGAGCCCCAGUGGGGGCCUAAGCAAGAGCCAGGACAUCAACAGCGGCAACACCUCUGAUUCAGGGAACUCCUUCACCACCUCCUCACCCCAGAACAAGGGGGCCACUUUGGAGAAUCUCUCCCCCACCAGCAGGGGCAGAGAGUCAAGAGGAUUUCAGUCGCCAUGUCUGGAAUGCGCCGAGGUGAAGAAGUCCAGUUUGGUCCCACCCACGGCCCAGAGCUCCCCCAUGCGAGGGUGCUCCCGCAGCUCCUCCUAUGCCAGCACCCGCUCCUCCAGCCACUCCUCCAGAUCCCCAAACCCCAGGGCCUCCCCCAGGUACACCCGGAGCAGAUCCGCCUCCUCUGGGAAAAGGUCCUACUCGCGCUCUCCCAGCUAUUCCUCCAAGUCUGGCAAGAGGAGCCCGCCUAGCAGAAGCUCUCGAUCCCGCCGCAGCCCCAGCUACUCGCGCUACAGCCCCAGCAGGGAGCGGGACCCCAAGCACGGCGAGAAGGACUCGCAGCAGCGGGAGCGCCAGCGGGCGCGGCGGAGACGGCGGUCCUACUCGCCCAUGCGGAAGCGCCGGAGAGACUCGCCGAGCCACCUGGAGGCGCGGCGCAUAACCAGUGCCCGGAAACGCCCCAUCCCCUACUACCGGCCCAGCCCCUCCUCGCCCAGCAGCCUCAGCAGCACCUCCUCCUGGUACAGCAGCAGCAGCAGCCGCUCGGGCAGCCACAGCUACUCCCGGAGCCGGAGCCGCAGCCGCAGCCACAGCCACAGCCGGAGCAGGACCCGCCCGAGCAGCAGCUCCAGCUCCCGCAGCCCCAGCCUGGGCUCCCGGAGCAGGAGCCGGAGCUACAGCUCAGCAGACAGCUACUCCAGCAUGAGGCGCUAAGCGAGGGCCUUCCCUUGAGCCAGCUGCCCGCGGGGGCCCCUUUCACUCUGCCAGCCGCCCCCACUCCCUGCCCACCCUGCCUUCUCCUUGGUGACAGACACUGAGGGCUCCUGGACCUGUCCUUCCUGCUCUCCUGGGGAGGAGGGAAAGAGGGUACCAGGGCUUUGGCCUCUAUGUCGAGCUGCUAGGAGCCUCCACCAGCAUCACCCUGGGGCUCAGUUCAGGCCUGGGCGUAUGGAGAGAACCACCCUCUGUUGGCACAAAAAGCCUCAAGGUUUUGUAAGAAGCAAUGGGUUCAUGACUCAAAAGUUUGGGCCUGGCCAGGAAAAUGUAGAGAGAGUUCUGGUAACCCACUGCUCACAGGAUGCAUACAGAAGGCCGGCGGUAAUUCAUCAACCUGCCCUCAUUCUCCCCUCAUUCAAUCUCAUGGCUGCACGUGUAUGGACCCCCAUAGGGGUGGGGGGGAGAUGAGAGGAGACCAAGGGCAGUUCAGGCCCAGGAAUGGGGGUCAGGCCUUCCACCUCCCCUAACAGGCCAGAGCAAAGGCUAGAGGCUAUUGGGUCCUAGAAAAGGGACAUAUAGGAGCAGGGGACAUGGACAUUUCAGUUGGUGGUAGGUGUCAGAAGGUAGGAGAUAGGCUCUUCGGUCAUGAGUAGAGAAGGGGUCAGUCUGCUGCUCCCAGUAUCUCAGCAUGGUCAGGGAAAGGAGCCCAGUAGGUUCCAGCAACGGAGGGGCCACCACACAGUUUACACAAAAUGCCUCUGUUCACAGGGACCCUGCAACCUCACUGAGAAAGGACACAGUAGACACUUGGGACAGUUUGGUCUAGAGUCCCACUUCCCAAAUUUGCCUCAGCUCCACUAGCUGGCACCAACUUAAUUCCACGGGACCAUCUGCUGAACAUUCCCCAGUGCCAUGGCCAGCUGCCAGUCCCCAGCGCCAGCCAGUCUGGCCUUACCCUCUGGUUGGCGCCUGCCUGCCCCCUCCCCACUGCCCAGACUGCCACACCCUGGAUCCUACCCAGCACAGCUGCUCCCCCACCCACCCACCCACCCUCAGCCUAAGCCAGCCCCUUUGCCUCUCAGGAAUUUUGCCAGGAUGGGGCACAGCAACUCAGGUUUGGGGGGAAGGACCCAAAUCUAGAGAGUCUGCGGGGAGAGGGGCUCGGAUGCUCCAUAGCUUGGGCUCCCACCAGCUUCUGUGGUUUCUUGUCAGCUUGGGAAAGGCCCACCUUCAUUUCUGCCCUCACCCCCCCUCCCCCUGCCCAGGGCUGGGCGGCGAGAGUAAGUUGAUCUCCAACACAAAUAUCACCAGCUGCUUCGUCCACAGAAGGCACUGCGAACAGGGGCAUUAGGGAGAAGAACCUUAAAAUAAACUCUUGGGCAUCCCCCUCGCCAGCUGACUGGCUUUCCGGAGCCUUGUGGGUGAGUUUCAAAGUUUGUGGUGCCAACAGCAGCAGCACAGGGCAUGGAGGGAGAGAGCCAGAGGGGAAGGUUGCCAGCUGAGGCUACCGGGAAGCAGGGACCAAACAUUCUUUAUCCCUCACACCCCAGGGAAAACAUUUAGAAAAAAUCCUUUCUCUUAGAAGCAGUGACCCCCUUCCCCAAUCUUCCCCAUCACAUCAGCCCGUGGGGCCAGAAAUUGCCCUACAACCACCCCGAAAGUCGUUCCUCCAUCAGGAGAGCAGAGCCGGGCAGCCCCAGGCAGCAAGCAGUGGAGGACCCGGCCUUCCCAUGAUGGCCUCUGGCCCCGACCUAGGCCUCACCCACCAAGACUGAUGGAUGCCAGUGCUGUCACCGCAGAAGGACUGAUGGCAGGUGCCUGGGACAGGGGCAGGUGCCCUGGGAGGGCAUGUACAGCAACUGUAAAUAACCCUCUUCCCCGCCCAGGAACCCAGACUGGACUCAGUCUCCCUUCACGGAGACAAAGGUCUUCCGGAGCCACGGAACCUCCGGAGCUACGAACCUCCUUAGCAGGACAGCGGUGGGAGGCCCAGGAGCCUCCCGUUCAGGCUGCGUUCAUUCAAGCAACUCUAGGGGACCAUUUUGCCUGGGGGUCCUAACGAACCUUUUAUUUAUUUUAUUUAUUUAUGUUUAUUUAUUUAUUUAUGUGACCUCUCUCUGUCUCUCUCAACCGCAUGCGGUUGCCAUGAGUAGUAUUCAGCUAUUUAUUUAUUUAUACGGAGAGGUUGUGUGUGUGUGUUUGUAUGUGUGUAUGGGAAGGGGGGGACUUCUAAAUUAUUUUUGCGCA